AUGGCGGUGUGUUUCCAGCAGCCAGCGAGCCUUGACUUCCACAGGCCCAAGCCAUCACGAAAGGGGGCCAGUGUGGUGAAGGUGGAGGACAUCUAUCGCUGGGCUGACAAAGAGCAGAGGCGUAGCACGGACUCGCACAAGAGGGACACCUUGACGAGUAUACAUGCACAACUUCUCAAGGAGUCUGACAUAAAAAUGCUUGCCUCGUGGAGCCGCCCCAAGACGUCCGUUGGACUCCCCACGCUGCCUCGGCCAAACUCGCAGUCCCCGGAGAAGAUGAGAAGUCGCUCGGUUGCUUCUGGGGUGCAUCGUGAUCGGAAUAUAACACCUUUCCCUCUGAACUGUUCAAGGGCGGAAAGCAGAGUCAAUGAGGACUUGGACGAUGUGACGCCUCUGUCUCGGCAGUGUUGCGAGGUUCUCGGUCCGACCGCAUGCAACCAUUGCAUGCGGGUGAACAAACGUCACAACCAGUCAGAUCGUUGUGAGUCCGCUUUCCCCAGCCUGCACGUUUCAGAGCAGCACUUUACAACCGCUCUUUUGCUAAAACGAUAUUUUCCUGGUACACCGACGUAUGAACUCCAAAACAGAGUGGCCAGUGGUCACAUCUACCCAAGCACUCCCCGGAAGGAAAAAUUCAUGAACAAACCGUCCAGAAAGAUAAAACCUCCCGGGAAAAGUAACUGGGCGUCCAUCGCACCAGACGGGGCGAGUUGGACCUUCUUUCAGGGAAUACGUGAUCUCAAUCAGAAAAUCGUCAGCGGUCGGAUGCAUCGGCGGUCGCAUCGCUACCAAAUCGACUCACCGGCAGAUAUGCAAAGACUUACAGAGGCUGGUGUCCUCAAUUCUUCGGACUCGAGGCCCGUGUCUCGGAUGGUCACGCGACGACUCGACAAGGUGGAGAAGAAGAAGCCCGAAUUCGUCUUGGAGUAUGACCCGCCUCUCUGCACUAAAGAGGCGCAGCAGACGAAGAAUGUCUUCUUCGCGGGGGAGGAGCAGACGAACUAUGACCUCCCGGAGCGGCUACCGGAAAAGCUGAUGCCGGAGGAAUUCAUUUUGGAAGUUCAGAGAGUGAUAAUGCAGUCGCCUGUGUCCUCGCGAGCGUCCAGUUCUAUGAAACUUGUGGACUCACCUGAUAGAAUGAAACGGCGUGGGACACCAACGUCAGAACGGACAAUGUCGGCCACUCCUGAGGCACUCACAUCUAAAGCGGCCUUACUGUAGAAACUCAUGUCGAACCUUCUCUGUGAGCCUCAAGAGAGCUCAGUGGGCUGUCGAAAUAGAGAGGCGGAGUAUAUUUAAAAUAACUGUCAGGAUACCGUAACUGUCUGUGAGAGAAUAUCUUUCCGAACCCGCAAAAUCUGGAAAAAGCUCAAGUUUCUAUUUCAAAAUCAACCUGAAUUCUGUUUGUUCAUAUCACAUGUAUAUUCAGAAUCAAGCCCAAAAUGUCUACUUUAAUUGUCAUAUUGUCAUCCAGCUUGAGGCUUGGGUAUGACCAUAAUCACCCAUUGUAAUCAUUCAGCAAUUUUGUAUAGCUGAGCAAUGAAUGACGUAAUCCCUAUCCUUGUUUCUGAUCAACCGUCUGUUAUCAAAUGGUGUAAAAAUCACUACCGCUAUUUUUA